GUUCAAUUUUGCGGGUGGCUGACUUGUGGCCUGACUAGCGCGCAACACUUCGCAGCUCCCGCGAAGGGCCGUUUGGUGUCAUCUGGACUCGGAGCCAUGUCGCAGGCCUCUGAGACAGAAACUGUGCCCGGGGAGCCUUCGGAGCCUUCGGAGCCUCCGGAGCUGCAGUCUCUGAGGUUCGAGUCGGCAUCAUCAGCAGCAGGCCCACCCGUGCAGCCGUUGGGCAGCACGAGGCCGGAGCAGCGGCGCGCUCUAUGGGAACGCAUGCCAGCAUCGCAGAUGCCAGAGUCACAGAACCCAGAAUCACAGAUGUCAGCGUCGCAACUGCCCUGGUCGCAGAUGCCAUCAGUGCAGGCGCCAGCGCUUGAGAUGCGAGCAUUGCAGAUGCCAUCAUCAUCGCAAAUGCCAGCGUCACAGAUGCCAGAAUCACAGCUACCAGCGGUGCAGAUGCCAGCAUUCCAGAUGCUAGACUGUCGCAUGCCAACGCUGCGGAUGCCAACGUUGCGGAUGCCAGUGUUGCCAGCAUCACAGACGCAAGAAUCGCAGAUGCCAGCAUCACAGAAACCAGCAGCACAGUUGCCAGCAUCCCAAAUGCCAGCAGGGCAGGCGCCAGCAUUUGAGAUGCGAGCAUUGCAGAUGCCAGCAUCACAAAUGCCAGCAUCGCAGAUGCCAGCGUCACAGAUGCCACAACUGCAGAUGCCAGCAAAUCAGGCGGAGAACCACCAGCCCGGGCUGACAUUUGUGGGAGAGGCUCUACCACUCAAAGCACCCAGUCGCGCAAGGACCUACCAGCGUCUGCGACCCCACAUGCGCGUCUGCCCUCCGAAGAGCCUCACCAUCCCCAAGAGCCUUUUGCCCGGCACGGGCGCCUCCGCUGCUGUCACAUACGUGCCGGUGCAGGACCCUGUGGAGGGACUCUCCUACAUGAUGUGCAGCUUUUGCAAGGGCGACCGCAUCUUCCGAGUUCUGCAGAACUUCCUCCGCCACAUGGAGAGCGGAGAAUGCCCUGUGGGACAACAGCAGCUUCUGAAGAUCCGGGAGACGCGGACGGUAGCUGGACCGGCUACGCCAGCUGCACCAGCUGCACCAGCUGCACAAGCUGCACCAGCGCCAGAGGUUGUGCCGCAACCGCCAGCUGCAUUUGGCGCGGUACCAAGUCCAGACUCUGUGCCAGAGUCGACUGCAGAGCCUGGGUGUUUCGGCCCACGCCGUGCCUUGCUCUCAGAGCUGCGGUUGCUGGCGCCGCGGCGCUACGCAGAGCUGGCCCUGAGCCUUCCCGGGCUCCUGCAGCGAAGCCUUCAGGAUCUCGCACCGCUGGUGCAGCAGGCGAGCAUAGAGCCGGAGAUGGAAACGAGCAAGAAGGUGAUCGAGCGACCUGUGGUAAACCGACAUCCAGUGGAGGCCUUGAUGGAGAGGUUGAGAGGAGAUGGCUUCGAGCUCGAUGCCCCCUUCAGCUUUGAGGACUGCCGGAGUGAGUUCUUGAUCCGUGAAGCCAAGCUUCUCACGUCAUCAAGAUCCAGGAAAUGUGAGGACAAGCCACCCUCACCAAAGCGACAGCGGCAAGAUCUCAUGCAGAUUGUGGCCAUCGACUGACUGUACCCAGCUUCGCCUGGUGGAUCAGCCUCUCUUUUGGCUUGAGACUGAAGUGCUUGAGCAGUGGAGCACAUGCCAGCCA